AUAAAGAGGGCUUGGUUUUCUGGAUCAAAAUCGUUUACCAGAGUGUUGUCUCUACUUCGUUCAUUCUUCCUCAUUGCGAAGGUGUUUCUAACAAACUGGCAUCAAAAUGGUGUCUAUUGAAACAAUAGCAUCUAUUACGAUAAAAAUUCUUAAAUUGGUGAUAAAUCUUAUUAUUUUAAUUUUAUAUCGAACGGGAUAUGCCGGCGAAUUUUUGGGAAUCGGUGGGCAAUGGAAUCUCAACGAAGACAAAAAUCCUGAUGUUGAGAUCGUUGGGUCAGGUGUUUUCGUAGGAUUCUUUCUAUAUACUGCUGUCGUUUUAAUUACUUUUUGUUUUGGCACGACCAAUCACAAAAAAAGUCUCGUCGAUAUUAUUAUGAACUUUCUAGGCCUCUGUAUGUUCUUAGCUGUUGGUGGCACAGCUCUACAUUACUGGCAUGGAUAUCAGCCAGAGCAUAAAUUUGAAUAUUUAGUACCGGAAAAAGAGGUCGGAUUGGCUCUUGGUUCGCUAUGUAUUUUAGAAGGAGUGUUAUAUCUUUUGGAUUUAUUAUUAAGUGUCCGGCAUUUGACAAAAGAAGAAUACGAUUAAUGCGUUUCAUUAAAUAUUAAGCGGAUGUUUUGUAUUUAAAGUUAAUCCAUUCCAUAGAUACAUUAAAGACGAUUAAUCAUGCUUUCAUAAAAUGAUUUCAUUCAUCAUCGUACUAACUCGAGUCAUUCACAUCGAAAUAAAUGUUUUAUUACAAAAUAAUUGUUAUUAAGACGCACUGUGUACGAAGAAAUUAUCGAUAUUUUGUGUUAAUUUGCAUGUGCUUUGUUAAUUAUUAUAAUUUUUAAAUAAUUAUUUGCUACAAAAUUGUU